AUGUGUGUUGAGCUGGGGAAAAGGUCUCCGAUUGUCACCAAGGUUGAACCUGUGCGUCGACUUUCAGGAGACAUCUAUCAUGCGUGUCCACUUUUUGUCAUGAGUACACCGCACUGACAAUGUACAUGUAGAUUCUCCGACAGCAGUUUGUUGUUGAUGGCGGGAAUACUAUGAGUUUCUGUGCGGGUUUUGGCUACUUUCCCCCCGUCACAGUUUUCCCUACGUCGGCGUGGAUGUGAUGCCAGGGCUACCGUUCGAAGCUCGCAGAAGACCCAUGCUGGGCUCAGCUGCGCACGCCGCAUUAAGUGACAGCUCUUAGUCUAUAGUAGUGUGACACCGUGGGAUAAUCUCUGACAGGAAAAAGAAGGCGAUUUGGGUCCACCAAAAUACUGCAGUUUGACCGAUAACAGAACUCCGGGCCCUUUAUGGCCUACGAGGAGGGGCUCAGCCCGGAUUCCAUCCGCCGGCUGUUCGUGGCCUGCGAUCUGGACGGCAACGGCUACAUCGAGCGCCACGAACUGGCGGUGGUGUGCCACGAGCUGGACCCAGACCAACUGCAGAAAGUUUUCGAGGCCUUGGAUCGGGAUGGCGACGGCCGCAUCAGCCUGGUGGACUUCUCGGCCGGCUUCGACAGCGUGGGCGACACCCUGCUGGCGCUGAGCCGCCGCAGGCGGCGCCAGCAGCUCAUGAAUAGCGCCAUCAGCGAGGAGUUGGAGGAAUUUCUGGGGAGGCUUGGCAGUGAUUUUGAUCUCAUUUCAUCCCAGGAGCAGGUCUGCGAGCUCUAUCAGCAGCUCCACGCCGCUGACCUGCCGCAGUGCCUCAGCCAGUUUGAGAACAUCAUCUGCGAGACCAUCAAGGACAUCAAACAGCAGCAGUCGGAAACGGACAGGCUGGAGAAGUCGCUGAAGAGAGCCAACGACUCUCACUCCAGCCACCUGCGGCACCUGGAGACUGAGAUGGAGGCCCAGGUGGCUAAGGUGGAGCAGCGGGUCCGGCAGGAAGAGCAGGAGGCGGCCCAGGUAGAGAGGGAGGAGCUCAAGAGGAGGAUGGAGGCCGAGAUCACCGAGCUGCAGAACAACCUCAGCCGAUUCCACUCGUUCGAGAAACGGUGGCAGAUGAGGGAGAAGCCCAAGGACGAGACCCUGAAGAAGAGGCUGGACGAACUGCAGCAUGAGAAUCGGCAGCUCAAGAGCGGCCUGACCGAGUCUCAGACCAACCUGGCCCUCGCCCGCAGCGAGUUGGCGGCCUUCAAGUCGGAAUACGACGAGUGCCUGGACAGCGACAAACAUUUGUUGAACGAGUACAUGUUCGACCAUGACAGCUUAGCGAGACAAGUACUGCAGCUGCAGGAAGCAAACAGACGGUUACAGGACACAAACGACGACUUGAGGGCUAGUCUAGAGAGCAUAAAACGGAGUUCGCGCUCGCUGACACCAACCAAGCAGAAGAGGUUGUCGAUGGGGUCACUGGACUACUACGCCGAGGACUCGCCGGUGUUAAUGAGCUCCGUCACAGAUGCAUCAAGUGGCAGAAGGAGGCGGAGCUUCGUGUCCCAGGACUCGAUGGAAAGUGAGCCGUCCGUUGCAGGCUCGGCGUCGUCGACGAAGAGGCGGUUUGUGUACCACCAGACGGCCGACGGGGAGAGCUACCCGGAUGAAGUCGAUUCUGGGAACUCGACGUUACGAGACCCACUGGAGCUGGACUCUGAGCUGGAGGUCAACUGCGUAGAGGACGAACUGAGAAGGGCGACCUCUGUCGAGGAGAAUGCCAUCAAAGAAGCCAUCCUGGUGGGGGGGCAGAAGCAGGCUGCGAAUCAGGGCAAACCCCACAGAGUCGAAUCCAUCACCGACUCGGUGACGGCUUUCCAGAAAGGUGACGUCACGGUCGCCACGUCGUCAUCGGCGCAGGAGCCAAUGGCAGCGCAGAAAAACGAGAAGCUCCAGAGGAACCUGACGCCUCGCAACUCCGGCCGCAAGAGGGAGCUACCACAAGUACCCCUGAAGACUCAACCGACAAGACCGCAGACGGCACCAGAGCGCAUGUAUAAGAUUGUCCUGGCCGGUGAUGCGGCCGUGGGCAAGUCCAGCUUCAUCCUUCGCCUCUGCAAGGGCGUUUUCCAGAACAACCUCAACUCAACCUUAGGCGUCGACUUCCAGAUGAAAACCUUGGAGAUCGACGACAAGGUGACGUCACUGCAGCUGUGGGACACGGCCGGCCAGGAGCGCUUCCGCAGCAUCGCCAAGUCCUAUUUCCGACGUGCAGAUGGUGUCCUGCUACUCUACGACUGCACCUACGAGAGGUCCUUCAUCAAUGUCAGGGACUGGAUAGAGGCGAUCGAGGACGGCGCCCAGAAGCCGAUUCCAGUCAUGAUUUGCGCCAACAAGGUAGAUGCGCGCUCUUCGGCCCAGGCCGAGGGCAUCAGGUGUGUGCGCAUGGAAGACGGGCAGAGGCUUGCCAGGUCGUUCAGUGCGCUGUUCAUCGAGUGCAGCGCCAAGGACGGGACCAACAUCGAGGAGGCUGUCGCGGAUCUCACGAGGAAGCUGCAGCAGAGGGAGGACCAGGAGGUCAGCCAAAGCGGCCUGAGCUUGGAGAAAGACGCCCAGAAGAAGAGCGACUCCAAAUGCUGCAUGUAGCUAGGCAACCAGAUUUCCCAGGAUUCCCCGGGCGCCACACAAGAUCCGUCUGGGCUGUAAAUUUGUAAUUUAUGUAUUUUUUUUAAUCCCACAUUUAUUUUGAAUUUUUCCGUUAAUUGAAACGUUUUUACUGCCAUUACUUCCGUUAAUUGACCGUGCACUGUUUUCACUUUGUCUGAAUUUUAGAAAAAAACAAAACAAAAUUGUAUUUUACUGCACAUUUUAAAAUGGCGUAUUCAUUGAUCAGAGCCUUGUGGAUUUGUCUGCAGAACGAUCAAUUAUGCUUCAUUUUAAAUUAUUGAGUAUUUAAAGAUAAGAUCAGCAAAACGCCACGAUUUUGGCUAGCAUGAGUGAGAUAUCAACACAUUACUGACUGUUGGGACGAGCAGAGGACCUCUAAAGACAAGGCAAUGUAUGCAAUUUCCAACCAGAUUCACUUUGCUUGAGACUUCUUUCCCACUGUGUACGUGUAUUUGUAAAUACAAUAAAUAAUUUUAAGUAAACUGUUAUUUAUUUUCCGUUCUUUAGGCCUGGUGUAAAUACUCGACUCACUCGCAAGCCAUUAUUUUUGUAACGAUAGUUAUUAUCAAGUCUGUACAGUUUCGAAUGGAAUAUGUACAUAUCAGGGUGUGAAGGUUAGGUCUUCGUUGUAAAAAAAAUUAAUAGUUUUCUCCUGGUCGGCAUCGUUUGUGGUUUUCCAUCUUAUUUUGAAUUAAACUUUGUUUUUUUUGAUGUACAAGCUUAGAGUUCUAUUUUGAGGGUUUCACCUAACUUCGAAAUUGUGCGAUAUCACUUAAGUUGGAAGUUUAUUGGAAAAGAAAUCGUUUUGUACUUUUGAAGAGAACUGUUACCUCAGAAUUUACCCACGUCUUCUAAUUUGUAGAAAUAUUUUAAAUGUAUUCCAGACUCUUCCCAAAUACUUCCUUUUUUCAAAGUUUUACUUGUGUUCGUUUGGCAUUCAUUGCCGUGCCUUAAUUAUCCACAUUCUGUCUUCCAACUCGAACAUGAAAGGUGCUUUUGACAACGGUCCCGUGUCAGUUGGGUCUUCCAACAUGAUUCACCAUCAAGCAGUUCUUGAAAGUGUCCUUUGUUGUUCUAGUGUUAUUUUAGUUACCAACGUCUCCAUGUUUUGAUUUUUGUCAUACUUUUUUUUUCAUUAAUGCCGCCUUUCCUGUAUCCCGUUUGGACUUAUUGCAGACUUGGAUUAAUCAAACCAUUUCGGCUGAUCUUUGAAUUUCCUCCCGAGCCUCUGUACAUUAUUACUUUAAGUAAUGGCUGUUGUUGCUAGCCUUUUCAGUGAUGGGAAACUUUGAAACGCUUGGUGGCGACAAACAUACCCGUCCUUUUUAUUAGUUCUGAGCAUGCGCGCGUUAUUUUGAGCAUGCGUGCUUAGUGCUGAGCACGCGCAAUACCUUGAAAAAAGACCGGCAUGCCUGCUGUCACCGGCGUCUCAAAUUCUCGCAUCCUUAUGCGGAAAGAUAAUCGUGAUGUUAUAGUUAUGUAUUCCUUUGGCUGAAUUUCAGAAAUCCCGCUUGCAUAAUGAGUGAGAGGAGACAUCAGUACUGUGUCAGCAGAGUUAAAUGUAGCGCCAAGUGUUUAAAGUUCACUCAACCUUUCUUUCACGAAUCUAGUUAGACAGCUUGAUUGUAAAUAGUGCACCGUGCAAUACAUAAUUGUAAUGAUUAGCAAAAAUCUUACAAAUUUUGGCAAUUGCGGGCUGCGGUAAUAUUGGGUUACGGGAAUAAUUAUUCAGUGCUCGGGUCGCACUUAGUCUAUUCCUUUCGGUGACUUGUAUUAAAAUGACCGAGUUCGGUAUUCCAAAAAGGCAAGGUGUUUCGGGAACAAAGCGCGCGCGAGUUGCUGUAUGGCUGCGCUGAUAGGACGAACAGUCACUCGUACGCGCUGCUGUUUUCCAGAAUGACCUCGGACGCGUGUCGUUUGGGGCAUGCGCUGUUGGAAUACCGAACUGCCUCAUUACUGUUGUUAUUAAAAGAUCGAUCGAUCACACUGUAUCUUCUCAGUUUAACAUAAACAUCGCCAACAGGCUGCGACACUGUUCUUCCCUUCAAAGAGAGGUUAGCAGGGAAUUUAGGGCAUGCCCUCUUUACAGCCAUCCCAACCAUCGCGAAAAUUGGUCUAGAUUUAGUGCACAUGUACUUUAAGCCAGAUUCACCUUCACCUUUCAGCUUUUAUAGUAGAUGAAGCUGUAGACGAUACAUUUAUUUGCCCUCCUUUGUUCCCAUAAAGGUUUCUUUUGUGCAAUCAGAAAUUAAAGACUAGUUCAGUGAGUAAAGAGA